UCUUAGCUUUAUUGGCCCUCCUCUCACCUACUACUCCUCUCUUAUCUCUCUCUCUCUCUCUCUCUCUCUCUCUUUGAAGAGGGACAGCAGUCAAUCACAAGGAAGAAAAGAAGAUCCCCACGCACUACCAGACUAUCAGUGCUGCGUGUCUAGAGAGAUAAAGAGAGGAUAUUUACAAUCCACAAAGACUUUUUUUUGAAGAAAUACACAAGGUCUUCCAUAUAUUUAUUUAUUUUUUGGUGUUGGUGUUUUGUUUUCUGUGGUACUGGUGUGACCUGAAGGAGAAGAAAAUAGGGAGAUAGAAGACAUAACGGGUUUGAAUCAUUAUUGAACAAGACUUGAUUUUGUGGUGAAGAAGAAGAAGAAGAAGAAGAAUUUGUUGAAGAAUUAUUUGCGUCAAGUUGAAACCAGCCUCAGCCCCGGAUGGAAUUAAUGGAAUCACAAAGAAAUACAGCAAACCAACAAAGCAACAGUAGUGGUAACAAAGAUCACCAUGGCCAAAAACAAGAAUCAGUAGCAGCUUCACUGCAGUUAGUCCCUCUUGAAAGUCGACCAUCACAACUUCAACAACAACAUGGGUCUACUACUACUACACCCACUAGUCAGGGCCCAUCCAUGGGCUCCAUAUCUUGCCAAAUUGGUACCCAUCCUUCCACUUCAACAUCCAAUUCUGCUGUCACAAAGUCCACCACAAAAAGGCCCUCAAAGGACCGCCAUACCAAGGUAGAUGGCCGCGGCCGACGCAUCCGGAUGCCAGCCAUGUGUGCUGCACGAGUGUUUCAGCUCACAAGAGAAUUAGGCCAUAAAUCUGAUGGAGAAACUAUUGAGUGGUUACUACAGCAAGCUGAACCGGCCAUAAUUGCUACUACUGGCACCGGUACAAUUCCUGCCAAUUUCUCUACUUUGAAUGUUUCAUUACGUAGCAGUGGUGCUACUAUUUCAGCACCUGCAUCAAAAUCAGCUCCGCUUUCUUUUCAUGGUGGAUUAGCUUUCUAUGAUGCCAAUAAUGCCAGCGAUACUCGAAGAGCUAUGGCUUCUAACCCUCCGAUGUUAGGAUUCCACCAUCAGUUGUAUCCUCAAAACCUUGUUUCUGAUGAUAAUUACGUGAGGAAGACUUUUCGAGAAGAUCUUUUUAAGGAAACCACACAGCAACAAAGCACGGAAACAAUUGAAGCCAGUAAUUCUGCUAAAUCAAGAGCUGGAGUUCAAGAUCAAGAAACAGCCGGCUCUAUUAGGCCAACAACAAACAUGCUACCAACUCCAAUGUGGGCAGUUGCGCCGGCGGCAACCACGAAUGGAGGAAAUACAUUCUGGAUGUUACCGGUUGGAGGUGGCGCCACCCCAACAGCUUCCGUUCAAGAGCCCCAGAUGUGGACUUUUCCUGCGGCAGCAACCGGAGUGCCAUCAAUGCAAAGGGUGAAUUUUGGCGGCGGCGGCGGCCGCGUUUCAAGCCCGGUUCAACUUGGGUCCAUGAUAGUACAGCAGCAAGUGGGGGCUAAUCAGCAACUUGGAUUAGGAAUAUCAGAGAGUAAUAUGGGGAUGAUAUUGGGUGGUGUGAAUCCUUAUAGCAGUAGUAGGGUUGGUUUGGGCAUGAAUUUAGAGCAUCAUAAUCAAGACAAUCAACCACAAGGCAGUGACAGUGGAGAUGAAAACCCUAAUGAUUCUCAAUAAUAUCGUCAAAAUAAGCAAGUUUUUUUUUUAAUUUUUUCAGUCUAAAUUCGGUUUUGUUUGCGACUGCCCUUUUUUUUGCUUUGGUAUGGCUUUUUAGCAGUCGUUUUUGAGCUAAAAUUAUUUGGGUUUCUGUUUUGAUUUUCGCUUUGUAAUUGUAGAGUUGCCUUUUGAAGCUGCCAUUGUUGAUUGUUAGCCAUGUCUGUUCAUAUGAAAGAAAUGGAAUUCUAUGCAUAA